AUGAGCAUGCUCGUGGGUCAACGUGUGGCUGGCGCCUUGCCUCGCGUCUCGACCAUCACUGCCCGCGUCACUGUCACACGAGCCGUCAGUCUGCGGGCCUGCUCGGCCGCGGAUAUCGAGGCCUGGCAAGAUCGACUGCAACAGAUUCGCAACCAGCCAGCCCCGACCUGGCUGCGGGUACCUCACCGGGCCGUACUGGCCGUGCGAGGGCCUGAGGCCCUCACCUUCCUCCAAGGCCUCACUACCCAAGAUCUCCUGCCCCAGGAGCCGGAGGAACCUUUUGAAUUGGCUGAAGAUGACGCAGACACGGCCGACACAGCCGCCGACAGCUCCACUGCUGCUGCCACUCACCCCACCAAACCCUUGCAUACCAUGUUCUUGCACGCCAAAGGCCGCAUUCUCUGUGAUGCACUAGCUUACCCCACAUUGCCGACCGAACCCCGGGGCUUUUAUUUCGAGGUGGACGCCGACAUGCUUGCACCCUUGCACAAACACCUUCGCAGCUUUAAGCUUCGGACCAAAGUCUCCUUUGACGCCCUUGCCCCUGAUGUAAUCGGCGACCCCGGGCGCACUCUGGCGGCUCUCAUUGUGCCCUGCACCUUAGAGCCAGUGUUGUCCAAUGAUGAUGGCAGCAUAUACGCCUACCUGCGUCUGGCCCUCGGGCUCUCGGAGGGUCCACAGGAUCACAUCGACAACAAGUCAUUGCCCCUUGAAGCCAAUAUCGAACAUUGGAAUGGCGUAUCGUUCAAAAAGGGUUGCUAUCUCGGUCAAGAACUGACGGCGCGCACUCACUACUCGGGCAUGCUGCGCAAGCGCCUUUUGCCCAUGCGAAUCCCAGACGUACAAGCUGCCGUCAGGCUAUCACACUACAACGGUCCGCUCAAGGUGGUCACGGCUGCUGGCAAGCCGGCUGGCACUGUCCAUUCUGUGCUGGGCGAUCGCUGCAUUGGCCUGGUGCGAACUGCUCACUUGACUGAGGAGCUUGUCUUGCAGCCACCAGCUGAUGCGGAGGGCGCCGACGCGAUUGAUCCGGUCGUUGCCGUCGUCGAUCAUGCACUUGCUGAGUGGAUCUCCGCCACUCGUCAUGGACAUUGA